AUGGAACAAGAACCUGCGGUACCAUCUUACGUCCUUCGAGGCCAUGAGUCCCCAAUCCACGCUCUCCACUUGUACGCAGGCAACACGUAUCUUGUAUCAGGCGACAGUGAAGGCUGGAUAGUGAUAUGGAGCCUUUCCUCCAAACGUCCAGCCGCAACCUGGAAAGCGCACGUUGGCGGAGUCAUGCAAAUCAAGCACUGGACGGACGAGAGACUGGUCAGGUGCGUGGAUGUUUCUUUCUUGAUAAAACUUUCAUUGAUGUGGCUUGCUAGUCAUGGAAGAGAUCAUAAACUGCGAGUCUGGAAAGUCCAAUCUGAGGACUUUGCUGGCCUCAGCACAAAGUUACCUGCGGAUGGUGCUCUUCCAGAUCAAACGCAGCCAUGGCUAUUGCACUCGUGUUCUGUAAACGCCCUCAACUUCUGUGCCUUUUCGCUUUGCGACGAGGAUGCGCAACAGCCAGCAAUCAAAGAGCCGACACCACAAUUGGUCGCUUCGCCCAAUGGACUAGAUUCAGGCGGCAUCGACAUCUUCCAGCUCCCGUCGGAGCGUCGUGUGUCCCAAAUACACGCUGAUAAAAACACCACGUCCGGUAUGGUCAUGGCGGUCUCUUUGUUUCAUGAGACCAGUUCCUCGAGACUCGUCCUGGUGUCAGGCUAUGAGGAUGGUCGGGUGAUGGUUCAUAUCCACCAAGGAGACCUCGGAGCUAAUGGACAAUGGCAAAAGCUGAUGGCUGGCAAGCCGCAUACACAGCCAGUUCUUUCUGUCGACAUCCUUCCUUCCAAGGAGCAUUUCAUCUCCUCAAGCGCUGAUGCCACGAUUGCUAAAUACCCUUUGCUGCUCUCGGAGAAUCCAUCUGAGACUCAGAGUGAAGUUCAACCGGAAAGGGCCAUGAAAACAAAACACGCCGGCCAACAGGGCCUGAGCAUCCGUUGCGACGGCAAGAUCUUUGCCACGGCCGGAUGGGACGGGCGUGUGCGUGUUUACUCUUCGAAAACUAUGAACCAGCUAGCCGUCUUGAAGUGGCACAAAGUAGGAUGUUAUGCCACAGCAUUCGCAGAUGUCCAUUCACGCACUGGCGACCCGGAGCCAGGAUCUGAUUCACCAUCUCAUACUUCUACUGAAUUGAUACAGCCACAUAACGCCCUCAUUGCAAUUAAGCGUCAACGCGAGGAGAAGGCCCGCUCCACCCACUGGUUAGCAGCCGGCGGCAAAGACGGCAAAAUAUCAUUAUGGGACAUUUAUUGA